AUGAUUCCCCAGCGCAGUGCCCUUCGCUUCGCCCAGCGUUCCGCUCCGGUUCGCUCUGCCCUCCAGCGCCGUUUUAACAGCGCGCAGUCCAAGAUUCCGUCUUGGGCUGUCGACAACGAGUUCAACCGCGAGAGAGCCGCCGUCAAGCACCACGCCGCCUCGACUAGCAGUCUCUGGCUCAAGCUCUCCAUAUUCGCCGUUAUUCCCUGCUUAAUUGGCGGCGGUUGGAACGCCUACAGCCAGUGGAACGAGCACUGGGAGCACUGGGAGCACAUGGCCCCUCUGGAGGAACGCACCGAGUACCCCUACCAGAACAUCCGUUCCAAGAACUACCCCUGGGGAGAUGGUGACAAGACCAUCUUCUGGAACAGCAGCGUCAACUACCACAACAAGGACAAGUCUACCUAG